UCUAGCGCUAUCUACCGUACAUUUAAUAUUUGAGUAAGCAUGGCAGCACGGAGUGGUCUGCGCGCUGUUCUGAUUGACUUGAGUGGAACUCUUCAUAUAGAAAAUACCGCAAUAUGUGGUGCUGCUGAUGCUUUAAAUCGGUUGAAGAAAACCUAUUUGAAGAUUAGAUUUGUAACAAAUACUACCAAAGAAUCCAAACGUAUUUUGUGGGAGCGUUUAACAAACCUGGGGUUUUCCAUAGAGCAGAAUGAAAUCUUUACUUCUCUGACAGCAGCUCAUGAGUUGGUAUGUAGGAAAAAUCUUCGACCUCAGUUGUUGUUAGAAGAUGAAGCCUUAGAAGAUUUUCAAGGUACUAAUACGGAAAAUCCUAAUGCAGUUGUUGUGGGAUUGGCACCUAGCAAAUUUAAUUUUCACACACUUAAUGAUGCUUUCAGACUGGUUCUUAGUGGUGCUUCUUUGAUUGCUAUCCAUAAAGGUCGAUACUACAAAAGGCAAGAUGGACUUGCUCUUGGACCAGGACCUUUUGUGGCUGGACUUGAAUAUGCCACAGAUAGAAAAGCUGAAGUUGUUGGAAAACCUGAAGCUUCAUUUUUCUUAGAGGGACUUAGACCUUUUGAAUGUAAACCAAGUGAAGCUAUCAUGAUUGGAGAUGAUGUUAGAGAUGAUAUUGAUGGAGCCCAGAAGGCAGGGCUAGUAGGCAUGCUGGUCAAGACUGGAAAGUAUAGAGAAGGCGACGAACUUAAGAUUUCUCCACGUCCAAGUUACGUGUUUGAAAAUUUUCCAGCUGCGGUAGACUUUAUAAUAAAGCACUUGACUUAACAAACUUUAAUUUAUUAUUUUUUUGACUUGUUAUUUUAAUCUUAUGAACCAGUUUAACUAUUGAGAUCUGUGUUUUGCCUUAUGUUGUAAGUUUUUUUGCUGUCUUUCAAUCAUUUAAUAUUGAAAGAUGUACAUAGAAAAGUAUCACAAUAUCUGAGCUGUCAAGGAAAAAAUUUUAAAAGGUAAACGAAAUGUAGUUUGAUAACUUGUUUUGUAACAUAUUAUUUUUCAGUACAAAAGGGCAUUAUUUACUUCUACCCCCAUUAAAACAUUUCUUAAUGUACUCUGUUCAUGUUGUAAUGAAUAGAAGGUCAUAUUUGGCAUAAGAAGUUAAAAUCAAAGUGUUGUUUUUCGUUUUCUUGUAAAAGGUAUUAGUAGACAUACUGAUAUACAAUUGCCCUAUUGUAAAAUCUGUUUAGGCAAGACAAUAUUAUGCUUAUCAACAAACUAGCCAGUAUGUUAUUAUUAAAAUUGACAGUAGAUGAAAUAUUUAGUAUUAUGUUACCACUUAAUACAUUCAUAAUUACAAACUUUAAGAUUGUAUCUUUAAUGUUUGUGGUACAUAAAUUAAUUCUGUUAAUCAACAUUAAUUUUAAACUCAGAAUUGAGACACUGAGAAAGCAGUUGAAAGCAUUUUCUUCAAAAUUAUUUUGCUUUAUAUUUUAAUAAAAUGCAAUCUAAAUUAUAACUUUAUUUAAGAAUGAGAGUCAUAAGUUAUGCAAAUAAUAUUAAUGAAUUUAGUUCACAGCUAAAGAAAAAAGGAUUUGAAUCUAAGUUUCAAAUGGACAGCAACUGCCUGUUGUAGAAACCUACAAAUGUAGA